UUGAUAAAUCGACCAAUAUUCUCGAGGUGUUGAAGUUGGCGAUCCGUACAUUCGAUCAAACAACUAUUACACUAGCAUCGACUCGCGCAUAUAAAGGAUCAAACCAUCUGCGUGUGGACUCUGAGCCAAAUGCGAAAAUUCCCAGAAGUUCUUCUAAAUUGGCUCAAAAUUUUAAAUUACCGGACAGUAGCAUCAAUCCUGUAGCUGUACUUGAAUUAUUGGCGACACCAUCCCAAGUUAGACAAGCAUUUCGAACAAAUAUAGCCAGCGAGACUUUGCCGAAAGCCAUUCACCAUAAUCACCUAUGGACAUAUCAUCGCGAUUGUAUCGAAAGUUCCAUCAAAACUAGUCCAACAUGUCCGAGACCCGAUUGCAAGAAAGAGGAACUCCAUCCCCAAUUCGAUACUGUACCUGCCGAAUACAUUGAAUUAUGGAAGGUUAAAAUUCGUGAUGUCUUUGACUUAUUAUACGAUAGUGACGAACUUCUUCUAGCUCGAGAAAUAGGAGAUUAUUACCCAAGGUCCCUGCAAAAAAAUAUUCAUGUUGUGGUUUCUUUACCCACACCUACCGAUUCUUAUGCAAGAUAUUUUAAGGUUAUUUCUUAUGAAGUCUGGUCUCUUAAGAAUUUAUUGUUUAUGUCGUUGGCUUCGCAAGAAGUUCGUGCUCGUGCAAAAAAACUUCUCCAAAAAAAAAGAAGCUCUUGGCUUCGUCCAGACUAUUUACACCCCUUAUUGACUACGCCUUGA